ACUCCACACCGAGGGGGCGUGGCCUCGGGAACGAGCCACACAGGUGCUCAGUUCUUCUCUUGAAAAUGAAGACUUUCAACGGUCGAGUCUUGAUGAUUAUUUUUGGCUUUGCUUUACCAGGUGCCCACUGUGAGCUUCUGGUCUCCGCGCUCGGUCCCACCCAAGUGGACACCACUGCUGGAACCCGUGUGACUCUAGCAGUCUCCUUCAGCGGGGCCCCUGACCCGACUGUGACCUGGUUCAAGGGUCCUCUCCCCGUCGUCACUUGGACCAUCGGCUCGGACCUUCUCCCCGACAUAGCCCAAAGCCACAAGGAGGUUCUGAGACUGGAGCCCGACGGAUCCCUCACGUUUCUCGACGUGCCUUCAGAGUACAGCAGCAACUACACGCUGGAGAUGACCAAGUCCGGAUUGGGCACCGCUUCUUUGAAUUUCACUCUGAGGGUUUUUGAAACCUUCCAGAACGUGAGUGUCAGACUGCUGCCGGAGUCGGUGACGGAGGGAAGCCGGGAGUUCACCCUGCAGUACCACAUGCUGCACGGCGUGGUGGAGCAGCAGCUGUGGUUCUUCCGCGGCCGCCCGUUACAAGACGACCCGCGUUACUCGGUGCAGCCCGGCAGCCUCACCGUGGAAAGGCCAAACCGGAACGACAGCGGACGCUACGUUGUGUCUCUCAACAACCCUUUCAGCAGCGAGACCGCUGACAUCAACGUCACCGUCUUAUACGGGCCAGAUGAGCCCAGAGUCCAAGUCAGUCCGGCUCAGGACUUUUACCUCUCGGGCGAUUCGCUCACCCUGUCCUGCCAGGCGGACGGGUACCCAGAGCCGACCGCGGAGUGGACGUUUGGCGGUCAAACCGUGUCUCCCGGACAGACGGGGGUCAUCAGUCUGACCCACGUACGGACCACCCAAGGCGGCGACUACACCUGCGCGGUGCACAACCAAAUGACCGGAGCGCUGCGACGCAAGAGCAUCGCUGUGCUGGUUUACGAGAGCCCGCGAGGGCCCCCCCUGUGCUCGCUGCUGUCAGAAGACAACGUCCACCUGCAGUAUGGAUGCCAGUGGUCGGGGGGGACGCCGCCCGCCCGCCUGCACUUCCUGGACCUAACCGGCCUGGAGAACUUGACCCUGACUGUCAACGCAUCCGACCAGCUGGAUGGUGAAGGUGUCACCUGUGAGGGCGUCCAUCCAGCAGGAGACCACACCUGCAACAUCACAGCCAACAGUCCCAAGGACUUCCUCCCGGCCGUGGGAACCAGCGUGGAUUCUGAGGGCAAAAUAGUGGUGAGCAUCCAGUGCGUCAGCGAGGCCACGCCCCCGACCGUGGUGUCCUGGUACCGAGGCGGCCAGGCUGUGGUCAGCGACGGGGCAGAGGAGGACGUCAGUGACGACACCCGGCGUUUACGUUUACGUCAUCACAACGUCAGCGUGCUCCUCCUCCACAACUACACCUGCACCUGCACCAACCCUCUGGCCAGUCGCAGCAGACACAUUCACCUGCAAGGGCCGGCCAUCUCCGCUUUCGCUUUGUUCCCGCACCAGGAUGGCACCAUCGUCACCUUGACCUGGGAAGUCCCGCCCACUUCUAUCGUCACAGGUUUCGACAUCCAAAUGAGCGGACCGGACCUCCCGGGUGCGGACGGUAAGCGCAGCCCAGACACAUACCGCACCAUCUUGUCCAAACCCGGCUCUGCUAGAAGCGCCGAUAUUCUGGACCUGGACCCCGAAGCCACGUAUCGCUUCCGGGUGGUCCCCAGAGCUUUGAUGGCGGAGGGUCCACCAACUGCGCCCCACAGGAUUGGCCCAGGUGAAGGUCUGAGCGGCGCGGCCAUCGCCGGCAUCGCCGCUGGGAUUCCCUGCAGUAUCGUCUUCCUGCUCCUGGCGUGCGGGCUGCUCUACUUCCUGGUCCGCCGGAGCGGCAUCCAAAGUCGCCACAGCAGAUAUCCCGUGUCCAGAGCAGCAGAGAAGGUGGUGACCCCGCAGACAAACGCGCCGUCUCCCCCGGCCUACAACAGGCUGCAUCAGACGCCGUCCAGCCUUUCGGUGGCCCCGCCCACUUUUGUGCCGCCGCCGCCUGUCAGGGUCGCCACCACCGUAUGAAGGACGCUGUCAUGUCGGGGUGUACUCUGUGUCUUCAACAACUUGGGGUGGCAUAGGUCGGUCGGUAGAGUGGCCGUGCCAGCGACUUGAGGGUUCCAGGUUCGAUUCCCACUUUUGCCAUCCUAGUCUCUGCCGUCGUGUCCUUGGGCAAGACACUUGACCACCUGCUCCCAGUAACUUACAUACUGGCUUUCACUAUGUAAAAGUGCUUUGAGUCACUAGAGAAAAGCGCUAUAUAAAUAUACUUCACUUCAACUUGUCACUCCGAUUAUGCUGCUGACUUUUAUCCGCAGUCUAUACUCAUUUUAUGACAUUUUUAUU